GUCACAAGCAAGGGCCGUGGAAAUCUUGCUUUGUAUUCCUUCUGUGCGCAUAUGCCCCAAGGGUCUUUCCUCGAGUUCCGGCCUCUGGAUGUACUGUUCGCUGUCCUACAAGCUUGGGUUUGAUUAUUUGACUUGAAGGUCUUUAUAUAUUCUAGAUACUAAUCCUCUAUUGGAUGUGUAAUUGGUGAAGAUUUUUUUCCAAAUAUAUGUGAACAUAUCCAAAUAUAGAAAAGGUAUGAAAUAUCAAUGCCUCAUAAUUUUUCCCCUCCUUAUGUAGAUAGAAACACUGAUCUUGACUGUUUUUCUGGAUUUAAGCUGAAUACUGUCUUAUUUAAAACUAUUAUUAAAAAUGAGAUGCAGAAAUACCUCAAUACCUGAGUGAAAGCUAACAUCGAUCUUGAACCUACAAAAAGAGGACUGUGAAAGUCUAAAUGAUCUGCCGUCUUUUGAGUCAAAUACAAGAAGAAACACAGGGAAGGAAGAAGAAGAAAUGGCUGGUUCUAAGUUGUCAUUCAGAGAUGUAGCCAUUGAUUUCUCCCCAGAGGAAUAUGAAUGCCUGGGCCCUGCACAGUGGGAUUUGUAUAGUGAUGUGAUGUUAGAGAAUUACAGCAACCUUGUCUCUCUGGGUCUUGCUUUCUCUAAGCCAUAUCUGAUCACAUUUCUGGAACAAAGAAAACAGCCUUGGAAUGUGAAACAACAAGCAACAGUAGCCGUGUACCCAGGAAUAAAACCUUAUAAAUGUAAAGAAUGUGGCAAGGCCUUUGUUCGGAAUUCACUCCUUAUUCAACACCAGAGAAUUCAUACUGGAGAGAAACCCUACAAAUGUGAACAGUGUGGCAAAGCUUUUAGCUGUUCUUCAAGCCUCACCCCACAUCAAAGAAUUCAUACUGGAGAGAAACCCUACAAAUGUGAACAAUGUGGUCAAGCAUUUAACUGUUCUUCACACCUGUAUAAGCAUCAAAGAAUUCAUACUGGUGAGAAACCCUAUAAAUGCACAGAAUGUGGUAAAGCUUUUAACUGGUCUUCAAGCCUUACCCAACAUCAAAGAAUUCAUACUGGAGAGAAACCCUACAAAUGUAAAGAAUGUGACUUGGCCUUUAAUUGUUCUUCACACCUGUACAGGCAUCAGAGAAUUCAUACAGGUGAAAAACUUUACAAAUGCAAGGAAUGUGGCAAGGCCUUUAACUGUUCUUCAUACCUUAAUUAUCAUCAGAUACUUCAUACUGGAGAUAAACCCUACAAAUGUAAAGAAUGUGGCAAAGCCUUUACCAUGGUCUCUUAUCUCACUCGACAUCAGAGAAUUCAUACUGGAGAAAAACCCUAUAAAUGUAAAGAAUGUGACAAAGCAUUUAAUAAUUGUUCAGCCCUAAUUCAACACCAAAGAAUUCAUACUGGAGAGAAACCCUACAAAUGUGAAGAAUGUGGCAAAGCUUUUAAUAAUAGUUCAAGCCUUACUCAUCACCAAAGAAUUCACACUGGAGAGAAACCCUACAAAUGUAAAGAAUGUGGCAAGGCCUUUAACUCAUCUUCACACCUAAAUUAUCAUCAAAGAAUUCAUACUGGAGAGAAACCCUAUAGGUGUGAAGAAUGUAGCAAAGCCUUUAAUAAUUUUUCAGCCCUUAUUCAACACCAAAGAAUCCAUACUGGAGAGAAACCCUACAAGUGUGAAAAAUGUGGCAAAGCCUUUAAUAAUUGUUCAGCUCUUAGUCAACACCAAAGAAUUCAUACUGGAGAGAAACCCUACAAAUGCAAAGAAUGUGGCCAGGGCUUUAACUGUUCUUCAAAUCUUAAACAACACCAAAGAAUUCAUACUAGAGAAAAACUCUACAAAUAUGAAGAUUAUGGCAAAGCUUUUAAUAAUUGCAAAGCCCUUACUCAAUACCAAAGAAUCCAUACAUACUGGAGAGAAACCCUGUAAAUGCAAACAGGGUGGCAAAGUAUUUAACAAUUGUUUUACACUUAUGUAAUAUCAAAAUUUUAUCCAUAAUAGAAACACAGCAAGUUAAAAUCAAGUGGAAAAUCCUUUAUUCUUCAUGCCAUAAUCAACAUCAGAGAUUUUUGUAUUGGUGAGAAACCUUGCACAUAUAAGUAAUGUUACACAGCCUUUAGCUGAAGCUUGAUCUUCAUUAACCAUCAAUGAAUUCAUAUUAGGUAGAAACUUUAUACAUGUAAUGACUGGAAGGAAUUUAGUCUAAUAUUUACAGCUCAGAAAAGCAAAGUAUUCUACAAAACAUGUAACUAAUAACAAUAUAGCCAAGCCUUUGCUGACACCUCAAAUCUUACGAAUAUAAGGAUAUUAUUAUAACAUAAAUCCAAUGAAUAUAUGGAAUGUCACAAAAACUUGAAGGAAGCCAGGCAUAGUGGCACACACCUUUAAUCCCAGCACUCAGAAGACAGAGGCAGCUAGAUCUCUGUGAGGUUUAGGCCAGCCUGGUUUGCAAAGCAAGGGCUGUUACACAGAGAAACCCUGUCCGGAAAAGAAAAAGAAAAAACUUGGAGUGCUUAUAAUUUAAUUUAUAGGGCUUCAUUAUUUGAUAUAAUGAAAGAAAUAUAACAGACGUCAGAAUCUUCAAAUAACUUACCUCUGUAAGGAUAUCAAUUUAUUAUAAAAAACAAAUUUACUAUGUAGCCUCACUUUUUAAAACUGAAUGAAGCAUAGCUCUCAAAUGAUUGUAUCAAAAGAACAAAACUGGUUCUUGAGAGUUACUUUUUUCCAGAAACUAUGUGUUAGAUUUGGAAACAUAGAUUGUGAAGUUUAAUUGUCUUAAUAAAGGUGUUUCUUGAUGUAUUGUCACUGUUGUAUAUUGAAUGACAUAUUAUUCUAUCUUAAAUUAGAAUAUUCCACUUUAUUCAGGGAUACAGUUAGCAGAUUUUAAUUCUGUAUUGCUAGCAAUUAGUAGAAUGACAUAUCAUUCUUUGACCAGUGUUAAAAAUAUGCUUCAAGUAAUUGGGAAGUUAUUGUUCUAUAUGACAUAUUUUUUCUUUUUUUUCUUUUUUUAAUUACUUGGAAAUUUUUGUACUUCUCUUUCCUAUUCUUGCUCCUCCAUCCAUUCCUCUGAGAUAAUACCCUCUCUACCUACCCAACUUCAUGUUCUUAAAAAAAAAAAAAAAACAACAAGAAAUUGUUAAAAUAAAAUAAAAAUCACUUUUCCUAAA